CGCCCAGUCUGCCUUUUGGCGGGCCCGCCCUUCCUCUUUUUCCCCCUCCCCCCUCCCUCGGAGGAGGAGGCGGUGCCUCUUCAGCCCUCAUCGUCACGUGACAGCCUCAUCCGGGCCUUUUGCCUCCUCUAUCUCUUCCCAACAUGGCCGCCUCAGCUAAGAAGAAGAACAAGAAGGGGAAGACCCUGACUCUGACAGACUUUCUGGCAGAGGAUGGUGGUGGUGGUGGUCCCACCUUUGUUCCGAAACCAGUCAGCUGGGCAGAUGAGACAGAUGAUCUGGAAGGAGAUGUUUCUACCACCUGGCAUAGCAACGAUGAUGAUGUAUAUCGAGCCCCUCUAAUUGACCGUUCCAUCCUGCCUACUGCACCUCGGGCAGCUCGGGAGCCCAACAUUGACAGAAGCCGUCUCCCAAAAUCACCCCCUUACACUGCCUUUCUGGGAAACUUGCCGUAUGAUGUAACAGAAGAGUCUAUCAAGGACUUUUUCAGAGGACUUAAUAUAAGUGCUGUUCGUUUGCCUCGAGAGCCUAGUAAUCCAGAGAGGUUGAAAGGUUUUGGAUAUGCUGAGUUUGAAGAUUUGGACUCCUUGCUCCGUGCUUUAAGCCUCAAUGAAGAGUCUCUAGGAAACAGGAGAAUACGAGUGGAUGUUGCUGAUCAAGCACAGGAUAAAGAUCGGGACGAUCGCUCCUUUGGUAGAGACCGUGAUCGCAACCGGGAUUCAGAGAGAUUUGAGUCUGACUGGAGGGCUCGUCCUGCUACAGAUAACUUUGAUGACUACCCUCCCCGCAGGAGCGAGGAUAGCUUUGGAGACAGAUAUCGGGACCGUGACCGUUAUGAUUCGGAUCGGUACCGUGAUGGUCCCCGAAGAGACAUGGACCGUUUCGGGGGCAGGGAUCGUUAUGAUGACCGUAGAGACUAUGAUAGAGGAGGCUUUGACUCAAGGUCAGGUAGUGGCAGAAGAGCCUUUGGCAGUGGAUACCGUCGUGAUGAUGAUUAUAGGGGUGGUGGUGACCGUUAUGAGGACCGUUAUGAGAGGCGAGAUGAUCGAAUGGAUCGGUGGAGCAGUUCACGUGAUGACUAUAGCAGGGAUGAUAGCCGACGGGAUGAGAGGGGUCCCACUCAGAGGCCAAAAUUGAAUCUGAAACCCCGGAGCACGCCCAAGGAGGAAGAUACAUCUGUAGCUCCUGCUACCCAGUCUAGCCGUGCAGCCUCCAUCUUCGGAGGGGCUAAACCUGUCGACACUGCUGCAAGGGAGCGUGAAGUAGAAGAGAGGCUGCAGAAAGAGCAAGAGAAGCUGCAACGUCAACUGGAAGAUGAUAAACCCAGGUUGGAACGACGGCCACGGGAACGGCACCCCAGCUGGCGUAGUGAAGAUAAUCAAGAGCGGUCACGGACUGGGAGUGAGUCCUCACAAACUGGUAGUACAACUCCUUCUGUGGGGACAGGCCCAACAGGAAGAACCUCACGGAGGAGGGAGAGUGAGAAAUCAUUGGAAAAUGAAAGCAUCAGCAAAGAGGAUGAAGGUCUGUCUCCCACCUCCAAGACUUCCAGAGAAGAGAAGCUUCCCCUGAAGGUGAUGCCGGCUCCUCCACCAAAAGAAAACGCCUGGGUGAAACGCAGCAGUAAUUCACACCCGGCACGCUCACAAAGCUCUGACUCAGAUCAGCAUUCCCCCACAAGUGGCAGCCAGGCAGUGCCAUCCCUAUCAUCAGAGGAUGGUGUGACCCUUAAGAACACCCCAAGGAAAGGAGAUGAAAACAGACCCGAUGGUGGGAAGGAGAGUGUUCCCAAUACCCGAAGUGGGAGUGUUGGCCGUGGUCCUGGAGAUGGAGGCAACAGAGACCAUUGGCAAGACUCAGAUAGGAAAGAAAGCAAGAAGGAGCAUGACUCAAGAUCUGCAUCUGAGCCAAAGAAAUUUGAAGAGAACCCUACCCCUAAAUUUAGCUAUGCUAGCAAGUAUGCUGCUUUGUCAGUGGAUGGUGAUGAUGAAGCUGAGGGAGAUGAAUAUAUUGACUAAAUUCUCCAGCCCCUCUACGUCGUCUCCUAACCGGUUGCCACCCAGGAACAUUCGGAGAGCAAAACCAAACCUUUAUUCAGACAAGACAGAAAAAUAAAAGCCUACAAGUCAACAUCUCCUUGGAGAGACCUUUCUUAAAACCUUUCUUUAAAAAACAAAAAUGAAAAGUGAUAAAAUUUCUCUUGCAUGCUGCUGCAGCCUUUAAAGUAUUGAACUAACUGGAGAUAUCCCUGUUUUAAAAACAAGGUAGCAAGAGAGAAAAUGGCAGGUUUCUUUAAAGCAAACAAACAAAAGAAUAAGCCUAAUAUGUGUCUCAAGUGUGACUUCACGCAGCUUCUGAUCACAUUCAGAGCCCCAGCUUCUUCCUGUUAAAGAGCUGAGGUUAGUGCUUUUGCAGGCCAGGUCCAUGUGAGAGAGAGUGUAUUGAGGACUUGGACAGCUAAAAACUGUCUCUUUCCCUCUUUGGCCAGCUUGGUUGACUUCUGGAGUAUAACCUGAAAUAAUAUGCUUUGAAAGCCUGAGUGCACUGGGGGAAGGAAAGCAAGCAUCUUUAGUGACUGGAGGAAAGGAUGAGGUGGUUUCCAAGAUAGAGAGAGGAUAGUGUCUCUGCAUUUAGGUGUGCACUCUAUUGGAGUGUGAUGAGCAGUUUCUCUCCCACAAUCCAGAUAUUUUUGAAAUCCACCAGGAACGGGGGACCCGCAGGUUGGUAGCAUUCUUACCAAGGGCAUCCUCUUCUUGGAAGUCUCAUUGUUGCACUCUUACCCUUUCCAACAUGGAGGGUGCAGACAAAUGCUACUGUAUAGAAAGCUGUUUUCUGCAUGGUUCAACCAAAAAGUGCAGUCUUCCACCCAGCACAACCCAAUCCGUACUGAUGAGGGCUCUAUAGUGCUGGGUGUGGAGAGUCUGCAGCUCGGUUGACUCAUGUGGAGAGCAGUUUUGCAGAAUCUGCCAUAUGGAAUCGGUUUUCAGUAUCCUCCCUGCAGGAGGCUGUAAUAUGUGAAGGAACCAUUGGAUUUAUAGGAAUCAAUUGCUGGGAGCAAAUUCUGAGAAAUAGAAAAUUUCCUUGGAAGUUUUUCCCCCCCCUUUCUGUCCCUUUUUCUUCUGCCUUUAAAUCAUUGAGCUAGUACUACAAGCAUUUAUCAAAAAUUUAAUAACAACCUUUUAAAUUUUGGACAGUGUUUAAAGGUAACAAAUCUUUGACGGUCCAGCUGAGCAUCUUUUGCUGUUGCAUCAUGUGACUGUUUAUCUCCUUUUCUCCAGCUUUGGCAUGUGGUGGCUGGCAGACUUUGUUCAGCUCUUAUGGCAAGGGGUUGACUUUUGUUCUUCUUUUGACAACCAUCUCCCAGUACCAUCCCACAUUAUCAAGAGUCACUUUUGGAGAAUAAAAUUCUCUUCUGUUGGUUGUUCUAGCAGUCAUGUCCUUUCAUUGUUAUUCCUUGUGCUAAUAGGCAAGGGAAGUGGAAGAGUUGCAGCACAGUGGAACUGAACUAGCACAGGCCCACUAUUGAAAUUUCAAUUACAAUGGUGGAUGUAGAGCAUCUGGCUAGAAGGAGCGGCUGACUUUAUGAGGUGAUGUACAUGCUCAUCAAGGAGCUGCCACAUUUUACAUAGGUUUGUGGGAGGAGAACAGUGUGAUUUUUGCUAUUGAAACAAACUCAACUGGAUCAAAUAGAGCAUUUGGCAUGUUGUAAAGCUGCAGUGGUUGGUGUCCUAUUUCAGUAACUUUUAGCUACAGUUCAAGUCAGUCCUUUGAAAUUUAAAGAGCAUUGCCAUAUCCCAUGGGCAGGAUCUAGAGGAUGGGGAGGGGGAGAGGCCCUACUGUGAGCAGAGAUGGAUUUGAAAUGCAAUACUGCUUUGAAUUUAUUAAAUGCAGGGGGAGGGGGGCUACAUUUGAGGUAAACUGCUAAUUUGCAUACCCCAAAAUCAUUUUCUUCCCUCCCUACCUUCCCUUUGCAUAUUUCUCUCUUUCUCUCUCUGCUAUCAGGAUAGGUUCACAAAUGGAUUGAGGUGCAUUUUUCACAUUCUGAAGACAUGUAAAAUUUGUACAAAAUAUCUUCUAUGAAAAUGAUUUGUAAUCUGUGUGGACUUCCUGGGAGAUGUCUUUUAUUAUGUAAAAUUCCCCUUCCCCACCCCUCAGGUUUUUUUUUCUCCAAAUAAAACUAAUCUUUAAAAUAA